AUGAAACAAGUUGUACGUUUUAUAUUUAUACUUUUAAUUAUAUUUUAUCCUGUAAAUGCUGGAUGUCCAAAAGCGACGUUUGAAUUUCAAAAUAAAACAAAAUUAGCAUCGUAUAAUUUUAUUGAUUCAUCUAUUGGAAAUAUUGGAUCAUUAGAAACAUGUCCUUAUACUGGUCGUCCUUAUGUAUAUUUACCUUGUUAUCCAAACUCAUCAUGGGGACAAGAUCCGUAUUUUAGUAAUUGUAUAACUAAACAAGAUUUGAAAACAAUAAUUCUUAAUGAAAAUUCAUCGCAGAAAUUAACAAUCGAAAGUUUAGAUAAAUUAUCUAUGAAUACAUCGAAUGAUGUAUCGAAUGUUUUGUUUUAUUUAAAUGAAGAAACAACAAAUUUUAAAUCAUCAUCUGAUAUAACAUCAGUUCUAAAUGUAAUUGAUCGUAUUAUGAUGAAUAAUCAAAAUACGAAUGGUAUUCAAUCUAAUUUAUAUUCAACAGCAAAUAAACUUUUAUCAACAUUACAAAUGCAAGAAGCUCAACAAAUGAAUGGACGUGUUGUAAAAUUAUUAUCAUUACUUGAGACAUAUUCUCAAAAUUUAAUGUUUGAUGAAUUAGAAAAAUCUUUUACUCAAACAAACCUUGCUGUAUCGAUUGUUAAUCGACCAAAUAGUCGAUUAGAACCUAUUAUCGGUUUUGCAUAUGAUUCAGUUAAAAAUGAAACAAAACCAAUCAGUACUGAAGUUAAUCAACAAAAUGUUACUUCAAUUGUUCUUAAUACACAAGCAUUACUACAACAAAAUCGUUUAGCAUUUUCUGUAUACAAUCAAAAAGAUGGUCUAUUCGAUGAUAAUCAUUAUCGUGUAUUAACACGAGUUGUUUCUUUGACGAUCGAUAAACCUGAAACAGUGAAACAUAUUGGAUCAUUUGUUAAAAUAAAUUUUCUCAUAGAAAAUAAUUAUCAUGAGAAAAAGAAUCCGAAUUUAAUCUGUGCUUAUUGGCAUAUAUUUGAAAAUAUGACAGCACAAUGGUCAACAGAAGGAUGUCAUAUAAGUAAUAUUACAAAACAUAGUGUUACUUGUAUGUGUGAUCAUCUAACACAUUUUGCUGUUUUAAUGGAUAUUCAACAGAAAUCAACGUCAAAAUUUGUAGAACAACUUCUAUCAAUAAUAACAUUGAUUGGAUUAUUAUUAUCUUCAAUUGGUUUAUGUUUAACAAUUUUAACAUUUAUAUUUUUUAAAAAAUUACGUCGUCAUUUCAGUCAAAAAUCUCUUUUAUUCUUAUCAAUGAAUCUUCUUUGUGUUAAUAUAUUAUUUUCUAUUCUUUGUUUAUAUACAUUUAAACAUUUAUUAUGCAUUAUUAUUGCUAGUUUAUUACAUUACUUUAUUCUAUCAUCAUUUAGUUGGAUGUUUAUUAUGGCAUUAAUACAAUAUUUAUUAUUUGUUAAAGUUUUUCCAACUUCAAUAACAGCAUUUACGAGAAAAGCAGCAGCAUUUUCUCAAUGUAUUCCAUUGAUUCCUGUUCUUAUCGUACUUGGUACUGACCCAUGGAACUAUACGAAACGAACUGAUCAUAUUUGUUGGUUGUCAAAUUUACCUUUUUAUUUAUCAUUUAUUUUACCAAUUGUUUUGUAUAUUUUUACAAAUACUAUCCUCUUUUCUAUAGUAGCCUAUUCACUUUUAUGUGGUAAAACAGCACGACAAUUACAAAGUACACAAACUUCAGAAUCUCAACGUUUAUCACGAUUUACUGUUGCAUUAAGUUGUUUUAUCGUUCUUGGUCUUACUUGGAUAUUUGGUUUAUUUGCUAUUGGACCAAUUCGUAUUAUAUGUCAAAUACUUUUUUGUAUAUUUGCUUCUCUAACAGGUUUUUUAAUAUUUAUUCUUUAUAUAAUAACAUCAAAAACUAAACGAACUUGUUGGAAUAAUACUUUUAAAUCUCUUGGUAUUUCAUCAAUUUAUUCUCCAACAUCAUCAUCAUCAUCUGGUUUUCUUGGUAGUAAAGAAUUUUCUAUAACAUCAAUAAGUGAUCAAAAACUAUCGUCACGUCAUUCACAAUAUCCAUCUCAACCUCAACAUUUUAUUGAUGCAUAUAUGCCAUCAUCACCACCACCACCAGCUCCACCAUUAUUACCACCACCUCAACCGCCAUUAUUAAUAGAAGGCGAUGAUUCAGUAUAUACAACUAAUAUGACAAAUCAUUUUUAUGAAGCACGACAUGUUUGGGCACCACAUACAAACUAUAUUUAUGAAACAAAUCAACCGACAACAUCACUUGAUGAUUAUUCUCUGUUCUAUGCUUCAAAUCAUGAUGCAACAAAACUUUAA